UAAAGCAAGUGAAUGAAAAGACAGAGUUAGAGUUAGGAGAGAUUGGAUUAGUUCGCCCUUUGCGUCUUUACUUAUCUAAUUUCAUUAUAUAAACAUUUUCUUACCUUCUUUUCUCACCUAUCCUCCUCUGCAAGCCCUGGUUUAUUCUUCCUACCUUCUAAUCGAUCCAUCGAUCGCCUCGUCGUUUUACAAGGAAUUAUGUCGUUUAUGAGAAACUUUCGACCUCAAUGGGGAACAAACGAUGAUGAAUAUUGGUCUUCGUUAAGUAGAAACAAUUUCGGUAACAAUACUAAUAACAGUCGGAGUAGGAGCAGAAACAAUGGUUGUACGAGGAGUUUGAACAACCCUCAUGACUUUUCAGGCAGGCAUAACAGGGAUGUAUUAAAUUAUUCUAACUAUGUUAAGCCUGAUCAUAGUGAAGGACCCUCUUGGAAGAGGAGAAAAUUUUCAGAUUCUACUUGGGGAGAUAGUAGUGGUGGAAGACCUUAUUUGCCACCCAAUGCUUAUGAUUGUGACCCUUCUACCUGCUUUGAUUCUGGGCCUCCUGCAAGAUUCAAUUCCGAUGCCACGACUUCCACUUCCUGUAAACGGGAUCGGUCGAAAUUGGAUGACGAUGAAGAACUGAUUUUUAUGUCAAGGGAUGACAUUGAGAGACACUCCCCGUCGAGAAAAGAUGGCAUUGAUGCUAUGCGCGAGACACAUUUGCGGUACUCUUAUUGUGCUUUCAUUCAGAAUCUUGGCUUGCGGCUUGAGUUACCACAGACUACUACUGCUACUGCUAUGGUAUUGUGCCACCGGUUUUUUGUUCGAAGAUCACAUGCAUGCCAUGAUAGAUUCUUGAUUGCUACUGCUGCUGUUUUUCUUGCUGCUAAGUCUGAGGAGACAGCACGUCCUUUGAAUAAUGUGCUGCGAGCGUCUUGUGAGCUAUUCCAUAAGCAGGAUAUGACUUUUUUGUCCUAUCUGCUCCCUGUUGACUGGUUUGAGCAGUAUAGGGAACGGGUGAUUGAAGCUGAAAAUAUGAUACUCACUACUUUAAACUUUGAACUGAAUGUGCAUCAUCCAUAUGCUCCCCUUACAUCUGUUCUUAACAAAUUAGGUCUUUCACAAACAAUGUUGGUGACUCUGGCUCUGAAUUUGAUCAGUGAAGGUUACCACAGGAUGUACACAAUGAAUGUGGUUUGGGUUAAUUUUUAUCAGUAUCCUGAUCCUUUGCAUUCUUCAGGUGCUAUAUGUUUGGUUACUUCUUUGAAUCCUUCUCUGUAUUUUACCAAGUAGUCAUAUACAAAUGUAGUGUAAGGAAUAGAAUUUUGACAGUGGAUGCUAGAGUCUCAAGAGAAAUGCAGAUUCUUGAUUUGUGGAGGAGGCUUAGUCCUUGGUAGAGAAUGCACUGGUUUCUUUCCUGCUCUCUAAUGGUUCAAAACUGUGUUGCUUGUGUCAUUAAUUUCUUCUUUAGAGCAACUUCUAUGUGUAGAUAUGAUGGGUUAUUGAUUCUUUUGGCAUGCAUAUAAUUGCAGGAUCUACACAAGAUUAGCGUGCUGCCCUGUUUGAUAUUCUUAGCUGGAGGAUUGAUAUGCUGUUCUUGGAAAGUUUUGUUUUUGUUUUUUUGCAUCUGAAGUAAAAAUUGCCAUUAUAAAUAUAGCCCCAUGAAGUUGGUAGUCAGCUACUGGAUGUAGCACUAGCCACAGAACCCAAAUUACUUCUCUAUCUAACUUCUAACUUUGUGCGAUUUUCUUGGCAUAAAUCUUCUCAAGUACCAUACAGACAUAGAGUCUGUAACAUAUAGCUGCCUGUCGCUUGGUUGUUGGUCCAGGUUUGCUUUCUUUCAAUUUGGGGGUAGGUAGAGGCCAUAUCAUAUGUGCCGGUUUGCUGUUAGUUUAUAUUGGUUGGAAAGUAUCUUUUUCAUAUAUAUAAAAUUUAUUUAAGGGUGGCUUGUUAAAUGAUCCAUUCCCCUUGAUGUGGACUGGCUGAGAAAAAAUAAAUAAGUACAAAAAGAUAGUGCUUUAGGCAAUGCACUAUGGGUUUGUGGGGAAGAACUGUAGCUGCUUGCUUUUAGCCUUUCGACAUAUUGAAAGGAAAAAAAUAUUUUUCCGUGCUUUAAGUCAUGUAAUUGUGGAGGUCUACUCUUCUGACAAUAUUAUUCAUCUCACUUAGUUUUUUAUGAGUAGAGAUUGGGACACAAAAUUUACACACAAUGGGGUGCAAUCAUAUCAACACUAAUGCAUUGGAUCCCAUCCGUAGUUAAGCAUGGUUGGGUGAUGGUACUAUUAGGAUGGCUAACUUCCUAGGAAGUCCUCGUCUUGCACCCUAAAUUUAAAAAAAAAAUUACACACAAUGUGGCAUGCUUUUUAACCACUUAUUUUAUUAUUAUUUUUUUUAAUGUUGGAUCUUAAUGAGUGGUUAAAAAGGAUGAUACAAUGUAAAUUUUGAGUUUAGAAUUUUGUGCCUUUAGCAUCACUCAUUUUUUUAUUUAAAAAAAAGGGAGAAAGAACUGAACUUUUGUUCUCUACUUCUUCUACGUUGUAGAGAAACGCUCAAUCUUUAAUUUGGUAUUUAUUGUUGUUUCUCUCUUAUGUUUAUUAAAUUAAAGCCAUUUAAAUCCAAGUACUACUUGCUAGUUUUAUUUUUUAUAAAAAAAUAUGUAUUUUGAUAAAUACUAAUGUUGUUAUUUCUUUUACCUAUUGCUUACUUGAGACUGAAUGUGGCUCAGACUUUGCACUACAUCCAGUCGUUUUGGGUGGAGUCUUAACUAUUACACUAAAAUUAUGAUUCUGUAUUAUUUUUAUUGUUGUUGUUUCUAGUAUACUACUACUAGUACCACCACUAUUUUAGUAUUAUUUCCAGUCUUUUUUUUUCCUGUCAGCACAAUCACAAUCACAAUUAUGAUUAUGUAAUAGUUAUACAAUGAUAAUUCUUACAAUAUUAUGUUACACAGUGACCUCUUAUAGUAAGUCAACUGCUGUUAUUGCUAAUAUUUUUCUUUUACUAUUAUUACUGCAAAAAUUAUGAUUGUACUAUUUUGAUUAUUACUGUUUUUACCGCUUGCUCUAUUUUUUCACGACUGCUACUACUCUCUUUACUAUAGUAAUUUUUGUAAUAUUACCUUUGGAUCUUCUCACUACGGCUGCUACUUUUACUCUCUUUAUCUUAGUAAUAUUACUAUAUAUAUUCUCAUCAUGGCAGUCAUUCAUUAAUUAUGUAAUAUUUAAUGAUAAUAAUUAUAAUAUUACCAUUUUUCUUAUUAUUCAUAAAAGCUCUUAGUUAUGUAUUUUUUCUUAAAAUUUAAAGACAUCAACAUGCAUGUCACAAUCGCAUCAACAAGAAAAUGAGGCUUGGGAAGAUUCCAAUUAUUUGGAAGCCUACAAUUCUCACGAAUUGUUCCCAUGUUAUAUCUGAGAGAGAUUGAGGUGGGGCUUUAGGGCCUCCCAUUUUAUUUAGGGAUUCAUCUAAUUUCCUGUCUUACCUCCACUAUAGGUCUUUUUUUUCCUCCCAAAUUUUAGUUUUUUAUUUUUUAUUACAGUUAGGUUUUUUUCUACUCUUUUAGCUGCUUCAUGUUUUUAUCCAUUUCUUCCCACAGACCUCGUGCUCUCUGAGCUUUAUUUGAACUAGGAACGAAGAGGACCUCCUUGCUUUUGGAUGUCUGGAUCUUGAUUUUUGUUUCUUUCAUUGGCUUUUAGUUUGCAAAUUUUUUCUUAUUAACAAAACUACUAAAAUGUAGCUGGUUGCAAUUGACUUAAAAUAAGGUGGCUGCUUUGAUUUUAUAUUUUAACAGUGUAUAUAUUUAUAUGUAUCAUAAAUUGUCGAAAUUCCUUUUGAUGGUCAUUCCCCCAACUGCUCAGAACAGAUCAUUUUGGUUUUCCCUGCAAGAGUAUAUGCUUGAUCACCAAUAAUGAAUUUGAAGAUGUCAGGCAGAGCUGAAUUUGUAGUCUGAAAAUGUAAUUAAAAAUCUAUGAUUCUAAAUAGGCUAGUAUGAGAUACAUGAGGAAUAAUUGAACUAGUUCACAGAAUCUGAUUAUGAUGAUGUAACUGGUGGUUUCUUCUUCUCAUGCCUGCAAAUAUGGCGUUUGGUGGAUGAUUUUGGAUUUGUAUAUAGUUAUUGAGGUUAUAUACUUCGUGAGCAUGAAAGCAUGUGUUUGACAAGCUUUUCCGGAUCCAGCUUUUGAGUGGAAGUUAAUGGCUUUUCUUUGAGAAGUUUGAUUGCUUGCGAUACACUGCUGUAUACUGUUUUGCUUUCUCAUAUAUGUAUCUGGAGUAAACUACCCCUGCAUGCAGCAGAAUGGGGCCUGGGAUUGUCAUGUGUUCUCUCUAGAUGGGUAUUAUGUAUGUUGUAGUUUUGGUACUCUUUCAGCAUCCUGCAGAGUUCUUGGAAAAUAUUCUACCUGAGUUGCU